AUGCCCCAUGAGAUCAGCGAAGAGGAAGUGGAGCUUGUGUCUUCUCUAGCUAAGCUGCAGAAAAUGGAAGCCAUGAUUCAUCAACUGCGGACUCUGCUCCCGGAGCGUCUCCUGGAGCCUCUGGCGCCGAUCGUCAAUCCCAGGGCUGCGCCGGGGAAGUCUGUUCCAGCUUCACCCCGGAAAAUCUUUGAGCAGCUUUCCCAGGCUGCGCGGGGUGGUGUUGCGGAAGUCGCGGAGUUUCAGUCCAUGUGGCGGAGUCCCGAAAUGAAACCGGUCUGGGACCGUGUCGACACGCAAAUCAAAGAAAACGGCGGCCGCUUGCUCCAGCCCACGGGCAUGUGGGAACAUGAUUAUGAUGUUCUGCUCGAGGGCAUGACGAAGCACGAGAAGACCGUAAAAGAUCAACAGCAGAGCGCUCAGGAGGAGCUCGAGUGCUCCCGGCUCCAAUCUACGGAGGGAGGCUGGAAAGCGCUGGUCGAAAUCUUUGCCCAGAAGAAUAUCCCCGGAGUGCGCAUUUUGCCGACUACCAAUGACUUUUCGUUUAUUGUGUUUCUGGGGAAGGCCGGGCUAGCGUUCAAGGUUUAUUAUUACAAUGCAGCUAGUGCAACGCAAGGAAACGGCUUACCAGAUUGGAAUGUAUCGAGCAAGACAACGUCAACACAGCCAACCUCGAAGCUUGAAACCGCAGUGCUUGAUUGUCUCAACUCGCGCCCGCGGAAAUGGGAUCUCCCCUACCUUCUUGACAUGAUCUCGACCUAUGCCAACAUGAAGCAAACACCUUGUAUCAAAUGCGGAAAAAUGACAGACAAUGCCGCAAAUCUUCCCACGCUCCGUCGUCCUAAAUCACCCCAGCCAUCUGACGGAUCGUUGUCUCAGCAAAUAACAUGGGAAGCUUACCACCCCACAUGCGUCUGA